AUGGCUGUUACAAUUGGUAAAGUAAAUGAACCUAAACAAAAGAUUAAAAAAGUUUUAGUCUUAGAAUGGCGUCAAGAAGAAGAUAUAUCAGAAAACGAAGCUCGUAACAUUAUUAAUAAUUUUUCUAAACAAAAAAAAGUAUGUCAAAAACAUCGUAAUAUGAUAACUUCUUCAAUCAAAGUUGAGGAAAAUGGCAAAUCUGAGAAGUCAAUUUCUGCUUCACCUAGUGUAAGUAAAAUGAAAAAAGUUGCCAAAACACCAAAAAGCAAAAGUAGCAAGAGUGGGAGUAAAAUUUCAAAUACUAAAAAUUCGGAAAUCAAAAAAAUGAAAUCAAAAAAGUUUAAUGCAUAUUCUUUACCAAAGGAAAUGAAUAUAAAAAAAACAUCAACUGAUAUUGAAAUAGAUAAAAGCAGAAAUGUUAUCACUAGACAAAAAAUAAGAAUACCUUAUAAAUUAUUUUGGAAACCAACAGUAACAGAAUCUGGAAAAGAGGGAAUAACUUUUAAAAUUCAAGUACAAGACUUGGAAGGAAAAAAGAUGGAACUUGAUGUUAGUUGUCCAAAUUUUAUGCCAAACAAAUUUUUAUAUUUGUUUACUUUCUCAGAAAUAAAUAUUCUUAAAAAAUUAUAG